GAAGAACCGAAGAAGUCGCGCUUAUCCGUACAUCCUUCCCAUUGAGUGAAUUCCCCUUCCCCGAUCUUCAUAUCGCCCAAAAAAAAGGCUAAACUUUCUUUUUGGGUUCGUUUGUUGAUCAAACUCGCUGAAUAUUGAACUCUGCAAUCCAUUUUCGGUGAUCGAAUUUUGAUCUUUGUUAAUCGUAAGCCAACGCCCAUUGUCAAGAAUUUGUUUAUUGCGAGAGGGUUCCAUUUAUCUACUCGUUUUCCAGGGAGUUUAGCCGUUAGCGGGAAAGAUUGAUUCUUUUUUUUUUCUGGGUUUCUUGGGAGAUCAAAGAAUGAGCAAAGAUGUUGAUGGCACAGAAAAGAACAUAGCGAGAUAUGUUUGGUUGAGUAACUUCCACAGGGAUCUGUUGGCUGGGGCGUUCAUGGGAGGAGUGGUGCAUACGAUUGUGGCACCGAUUGAGAGGGCCAAGCUGCUUUUGCAAACCCAGGAGAGCAACCUCUCUAUUGUGGAAGGAAGGAGCCGUAAAUUCAAGGGUAUGAUCGAUUGUAUUGUUCGCACGGUCAGAGAGGAAGGCAUUCUUUCGCUCUGGAGAGGCAAUGGCAGUAGCGUCCUUCGUUAUUACCCCUCCGUCGCCCUCAAUUUCUCCCUCAAGGAUCUUUAUAGGAGUGCUUUAAGGAGUGGCAACCCUCUAGACUGUCAAUUUCUGUCUGGUGCAUCUGCCAACUUCGUUGCCGGUGCUGCUUCUGGUUGUACGACAUUGAUUCUAAUCUACCCACUCGAUAUUGCACAUACCCGCCUUGCUGCUGAUAUUGGAAGAACUGAAGUUCGUCAGUUUCGAGGUAUCAGCCAUUUCCUUUCCACCAUUCGCAAAAAAGAUGGGAUUCGAGGAAUUUACAGAGGGCUUCCUGCCUCUCUGCAUGGGAUGGUUGUCCAUCGCGGAUUAUAUUUUGGAGGUUUUGAUACUAUUAAGGAGGUUAUGUCGGAAGAUUCUAAACCAGUACCUCUGUGGAAGCGUUGGAUUGUAGCUCAGGCAGUCACAACAUCUGCUGGGUUGUUGUCAUAUCCAUUGGAUACAGUUCGAAGGCGGAUGAUGAUGCAAUCAGGCUUGGAAAAACCAAUGUAUCAAAGUACACGAGACUGCUGGAAGAAAAUUUAUAGAACAGAGGGGGUGCCUUCAUUUUAUCGCGGGGCAGUUUCAAACAUGUUUAGAAGUACCGGUGCUGCUGCAAUACUGGUUUUGUAUGAUGAAGUCAAGAAAUUCAUGGACUGGGGUGGGUUGUAGGCAUUCUUAGCACUAACCAAUCUUGUGGUUUUCCAGCCUAGCAAAAUAAUUAGAAUAGGAUUGCUUCGGGUUCCAUGGCUGAAGAAUCCUGUAGAGCUCAAAUGAGCUUGCAUACACACACUACAUAACACAUACCUACUUUUAGGCUGGUACCAUUUUAUAUCUUGAUUUUUUGUCAUUGGAUAUUGAACUGAAGGUGAUGGACUGAUGGUUACGGGCGGUUGUUAACAGGCUGCUGCCAAUUCUGUCUUUGUAUUUUACUCAAAACAGAUGUUGAAGCCUGAAGCCAAUGUGGUUUGGUAGUUGGUACAGAUUCUUGUUGGAGUUGAAAUAGGUUGUGCUUCUGAUUGAAUCCAAAUGGUGGGGGCUUGCUUGA